CUUAUUAAAUAGUUGAAAUGAAGGCUUUGAUUUUGGUUGGUGGAUAUGGCACAAGACUGCGACCAUUGACACUCAGCUCACCCAAACCUCUGGUUGAGUUUUGCAACAAGCCAAUUGUUUUGCACCAAAUUGAAGCCCUUGCUAAGGCGGGAGUUACACACGUCAUUCUAGCUGUUAGUUAUCACGCUGAAAAAUUGGAAGAAGAAUUGAAUGUAUAUGCUAAACAACUUGGAAUCAAAAUUUCUGCAACUUAUGAAUCAGAACCUCUCGGAACAGCUGGACCAAUUGCCCUUUCAAAGAAAGUGUUGGAAGAAGAAGUGAUAUCGGAGCUGAGUAACGGGGAUGACGACAGCUUGUUCUUUGUUCUCAACAGUGACAUCAUAUGCGACUAUCCCUUCAAAGAACUCCUGCAAUUCCACAAGGAGCACAAAAAGGAAGGAACGAUUGUAGUCACGAAAGUGGGCGAUCCUUCUAAGUAUGGUGUCGUAGUCUUUCAAGAAAAUGGAAAAAUUGACAAGUUUGUUGAGAAGCCAAAAGAUUUCGUGUCAAACAAAAUCAACGCUGGUCUCUAUAUAUUCACACACAAAAUAUUCGACAGGAUAGAAGUGCGUAAAACAUCGAUUGAAACUGAAGUCUUCCCACUGAUGGCCGAUGAAGAAGAACUGUUCGCUUUUACAUUAAAAGGUUUCUGGAUGGACGUUGGACAACCCCCUGAUUACCUCGACGGAAUGUGCCUCUACCUAAAACAUCUGUUGAAGAACUUCCCUUCAGCUCUUGUGCCAGAAUCAGUCCAGAUACCGGCCAGUGCGAAAUUGAUCGAGCCGGUAUUGUUGGAUCCCACGUGCACGAUAGGCGAGAACUGUUGUAUAGGACCGAAUGUGACGAUAGGUCCAGGUUGUAAAGUAGAAGACGGAGUGAGAAUCCAGAGAAGUGCUAUCCUCAGAGGCACUGUAGUGAGGAGUCACUCCUGGAUCCACUCCUCAAUCAUAGGCUGGAAGUGCAAUGUAGGACGAUGGGCGCGAAUUGACAACGUGACAGUGAUGGGAGAAGACGUUCAAGUGAGGGACGAAUUGUACAUCAACGGGGGAAGAAUUUUGCCUCAUAAGGAGAUCAAAGAGUCCAUACCACAGCCAAGUAUCAUCAUGUAGAAUAAACAUCAAGUCUGAUCAAAUCAUUCACCACGAAAUCACAUUCAAAAUAAUGCUCAGUUGAGAAGGUACAAACUUCCCUAAUUGACUUUGUAUAAUUAUGUCAUAUGUUGAUUUCAAAAUGGUUUCCUUGCAAUCUCUGAUUUUUUCCUGCAAAUUAGUUUUUUUAUGAAUGUACGUUGGCUUAUUUGCGAGAUGGAAAGAUAAUCAGAAGGUUGCUUAGUUCUUGAAUAUGCAAUGGGAAAAUUAGGGCAGAAUUAUGAAAUCUUUAGGAACUGUUGGUUUGCUAGAAAUGUGACGAUUUAUCGGCUAUUUGAAACGUAAAAGAUAAUCUGCUCGAAAAGAUGUUACGUAGGUAAACUGGUACUCAACAAAGAUCACUUUUAAUUAAAUUGUUCAUUCAAAGCUUUGUAGCCGUCUAAUUUGACCAUUGAAUUUCCUGUAUGGUGCCUUAACUCGUGUAAUAGUGUACAGCGGUGCAUGUUUGUACGCAUAAGUUGUUUGGGAUUGCCUAAAUUUGGAGCUAGGAUUAAAUAUUUAAUUUGAAGUUCAUCAAAUUGUACUAUUUGUCAUUUAAUGCUCAUCCUGUUUCAGAUGGUAUUUAAGAGUCGAUGAACGUAAUUCGGACUCUUAUAUAGGUCACGGUGAUUUUUUUUUCAGGGAAAGUCUUAAAAUUUGUUC